GCAGAAGGAGUCUCUUCCUGUGGCUACCACCUCCGCAGGCCCGUGUUAUUUUACCAAGAAAAUGGUUUGCACGACUUUGAACAUAUACUAUCCAUGCUGAUGGGACAGGAUCCAAUAUGAAUAUAAAUGAUGGAGGAAGACGACGCUUUGAAGAUAAUGAACAUACAUUACGGAUCUAUCCUGGGACUAUUUCAGAAGGGACAAUCUACUGUCCUAUUCCUGCCAGAAAAAACUCCACAGCUGCUGAGGUGAUUGAGUCUCUUAUAAACAAACUUCAUCUUGACAAAACAAAAUGUUAUGUUCUAGCGGAGGUAAAGGAAUUUGGUGGAGAAGAAUGGAUUCUCAAUCCAACAGACUGUCCAGUUCAGCGAAUGAUGUUGUGGCCCCGAAUGGCUCUGGAAAAUCGCUUAAGUGGAGAGGACUACCGCUUUCUUCUGAGAGAGAAAAACCUUGAUGGAUCGAUCCAUUAUGGUAGCCUGCAGUCAUGGCUACGGGUAACAGAAGAACGUCGCAGGAUGAUGGAACGGGGUUUUCUUCCACAGCCUCAACAGAAAGACUUUGAUGACUUAUGUAGUUUACCUGAUUUGAAUGAGAAAACUCUCUUAGAAAACCUACGAAAUCGCUUUAAGCAUGAAAAAAUUUAUACCUAUGUUGGCAGUAUUCUAAUAGUUAUUAACCCAUUCAAGUUUCUUCCUAUUUAUAACCCCAAAUAUGUCAAAAUGUAUGAUAACCACCAACUGGGAAAACUUGAGCCCCACAUUUAUGCUGUGGCUGAUGUAGCUUAUCAUGCCAUGCUUCAGCGCAAAAAGAAUCAGUGCAUCGUGAUUUCGGGAGAGAGUGGUUCUGGGAAGACUCAAAGCACAAACUUUCUUAUUCACCACCUUACCGCUCUCAGUCAGAAAGGAUUUGUCAGUGGAGUAGAACAGAUUAUUCUUGGAGCUGGACCAGUACUUGAGGCCUUUGGAAAUGCAAAGACGGCUCAUAAUAACAAUUCAAGUCGUUUUGGGAAGUUUAUUCAAGUAAAUUACCAGGAAACAGGCACUGUACUUGGUGCCUAUGUUGAAAAAUAUCUACUGGAGAAGUCCAGACUCGUUUAUCAAGAGCAUAAUGAACGGAACUAUCAUGUAUUCUAUUACCUCUUGGCAGGAGCAAGUGAAGACGAGAGAUCAGCAUUCCAUCUUAAGCAACCAGAGGAAUAUCAUUAUCUCAAUCAGAUAACAAAGAAACCCCUCAGACAGAGCUGGGAUGAUUAUUGCUAUGACUCUGAGCCGGAUUGCUUCAUGGUGGAAGGAGAGGAUUUGAGACAUGAUUUUGAGCGCCUACAACUUGCCAUGGAAAUGGUAGGAUUUCUUCCCAAGACACGAAGACAGAUUUUCUCUCUUCUCUCAGCCAUACUACAUUUGGGUAAUAUCUGUUAUAAAAAGAAGACAUACCGGGAUGACUCCAUUGAUAUCUGUAAUCCUGAAGUUCUGCCUAUUGUCUCAGAAUUAUUAGAAGUUAAAGAAGAGAUGCUAUUUGAAGCACUAGUUACAAGGAAGACGGUGACAGUGGGAGAAAAGCUUAUUUUGCCAUACAAGUUGGCAGAGGCUGUGACAGUGAGGAACUCCAUGGCUAAGUCUCUAUAUAGUGCCCUGUUUGACUGGAUAGUUUUUCGAAUUAAUCAUGCACUUCUGAAUAGUAAAGAUUUAGAGCAUAAUACUAAGACAUUGUCCAUUGGUGUUCUUGAUAUUUUUGGGUUUGAAGAUUAUGAAAAUAACAGCUUUGAACAGUUCUGUAUUAAUUUUGCUAAUGAACGUUUACAGCACUACUUUAAUCAGCAUAUCUUUAAAUUGGAACAAGAGGAAUAUAGAACUGAAGGUAUCAGCUGGCACAACAUAGAUUACAUUGAUAAUACCUGCUGUAUAAAUCUUAUUAGCAAAAAACCAACAGGACUGCUUCAUCUUUUGGAUGAAGAAAGCAACUUUCCACAGGCUACAAAUCAAACAUUGCUAGACAAGUUUAAGCAUCAACAUGAAGAUAACUCUUACAUCGAAUUUCCAGCCGUGAUGGAGCCUGCUUUCAUUAUAAAACAUUAUGCUGGAAAAGUAAAAUAUGGGGUAAAGGAUUUCCGGGAAAAAAAUACAGAUCAUAUGCGCCCAGACAUUGUAGCUCUUCUGAGAAGCAGCAAGAAUGCAUUUAUCUCUGGGAUGAUUGGAAUUGAUCCUGUAGCUGUUUUCCGAUGGGCAAUUCUCCGAGCUUUUUUCAGAGCCAUGGUUGCUUUCAGGGAAGCUGGGAAAAGACACAUUCACAGAAAAGCUGGACAUGAUGAUACAGCGCCAUGUGCAAUUUUGAAAAGUAUGGAUAGUUUUAGCUUUCUCCAACACCCAGUCCACCAGAGGAGCUUAGAGAUUCUGCAGAGAUGCAAGGAAGAGAAGUACAGUAUAACCCGGAAAAAUCCCAGAACACCUCUUUCUGAUCUCCAGGGCAUGAAUGCUCUAAAUGAAAAAAACCAACAUGAUACAUUUGAUAUUGCCUGGAAUGGCAGAACUGGGAUUCGCCAGAGCAGACUAUCAAGUAGCACCUCCUUGCUUGAUAAAGAUGGAAUAUUUGCUAAUUCAACUAGCAGCAAACUCCUGGAGAGAGCCCAUGGAAUUCUCACGAGAAACAAAAAUUUCAAACCCAAGCCUGCCCUUCCAAAGCACUUGCUAGAAGUAAAUUCUUUAAAGCACCUGACAAGACUGACACUACAAGAUCGCAUUACCAAGUCUCUUCUUCAUUUACACAAGAAGAAAAAACCUCCCAGCAUCAGUGCCCAGUUUCAGACAUCAUUAAGCAAGCUAAUGGAAACACUUGGUCAAGCAGAACCAUAUUUUGUAAAAUGCAUCCGCUCUAAUGCUGAAAAGCUGCCCUUAAGGUUCAAUGAUGCCUUGGUACUUAGACAGCUUCGAUACACUGGAAUGCUGGAAACAGUUCGAAUUCGCCAAUCAGGAUACAGCUCCAAAUAUUCUUUCCAGGAUUUUGUGAGCCACUUCCAUGUACUUCUUCCCCGAAAUAUUAUUCCAUCCAAAUUUAACAUUCAGGAUUUCUUCAGGAAAAUAAAUCUUAAUCCAGAUAAUUAUCAAGUUGGAAAAACCAUGGUCUUUCUAAAGGAGCAGGAACGACAGCACUUACAAGAUCUGCUUCAUCAAGAGGUGCUCCGCAGAAUCAUAUUGUUGCAGCGAUGGUUCAGGGUCUUGCUGUGUAGGCAGCAUUUCCUCCAUCUGAGACAAGCAUCUGUUAUUAUCCAGAGAUUCUGGAGGAAUUACCUAAAUCGGAAGCAAGUCAGAGAUGCAGCUGUGCAGAAGGAUGCUUUUGUUAUGGCUAGUGCAGCUGCUCUUCUCCAAGCUUCCUGGCGUGCUCACUUAGAGAGGCAGCGGUACUUGGAGCUACGGGCUGCAGCCAUCGUUAUCCAGCAGAAAUGGAGAGAUCACUAUAGGCGCAGGCACAUGGCUGCUAUUUGCAUACAAGCAAGAUGGAAAGCCUACAGGGAAAGUAAAAGGUACCAAGAACAAAGGAAAAAAAUUAUCCUUUUGCAAUCAACAUGUAGAGGAUUCAGAGCAAGACAAAGAUUUAAAGCUUUAAAAGAACAAAGGCUAAGAGAAACAAAACCAGAACUUGGAUUGGUGAAUAUUAAAGGAUAUGGAUCUCUGGAAAUUCAGGGUUCAGACCCUUCAGAAUGGGAGGAUUGUUCUUUUGACAACAGAGUAAAAGCCAUAGAGGAAUGUAAAUCUGUAACAGAGAGUAAUCGAAUUAGCCAUGAAAGUUCGGUGGACUGCUUGAAGGAGUCACCAAACAAGCAGCAGGAGAGAGCCCAAAGCCGGAGUGGUGUGGACUUGCAGGAAGAUGUGCUUGUAAGAGACAGACCCAGAUCCUUGGAGGAUCUCCAUCAGAAAAAAGUAGGCCGGGCUAAAAGAGAAAGUAGGAGAAUGAGAGAACUAGAGCAAGCUAUAUUUAGCUUAGAAUUGCUGAAAGUUCGUUCUCUUGGUGGUGUUUCUCCUUCAGAGGAUCGCAGAUGGUCUACAGAAUUGGUGCCUGAAGGCCUUCAAUCUCCACGGGGUACACCUGAUAGUGAGAGCUCUCAAGGAAGCUUGGAACUUCUGAGCUCUGAGGAAAGCCAAAAGAGCAAACUAGAAUCUGUAAUUUCAGAUGAAGGAGACUUGCUGUUUCCAUCACCUAAGAUAUCCAGCAGUCCAAAAUUUGAUUCACGAGACAAUGCCCUCAGUGCCUCAAAUGAGACUAGCUAUGCAGAGCAUUUGAAGGAUGGAACUAUGAAGGAAAAGGUGGUCUGCAGUUCUGAGUCUGUUACCUGUAAACCACAGCUGAAAGACUCCUUCAUUUCAAAUAGUCUGCCUACUUUUUUUUAUAUCCCCCAACAAGACCCACUGAAAACAAAUUCCCAACUAGACACAAGUAUCCAAAGAAACAAACUAUUGGGAAAUGAAGACACACCAGGGGAAGCUCUUACUUUGGAUAUCAACAGGGAAACUAGAAGGUAUCACUGCUCAGGAGAAGAUCAAAUUGUUCCUCCUUUGAAUAUAGAGUCUUCUAAUCCUAUACUUAAGAAGUUAGAAAAGCUAAACACUGAGAAGGAAGAAAGGCAAAAGCAGUUGCAGCAACAGAAUGAAAAAGAGAUGAUGGAACAGAUUCGCCAGCAAACAGAUAUUUUAGAGAAGGAGCGCAAAGCGUUCAAGACAACUGAAAAGCCAAGAAUUGGAGAGUGUUUGGUGGCACCAUCUUCCUAUCAGUCAAAGCAGAGAGUAGAGAGGCCAUCCUCUCUCCUCAGCUUAAAUACCUCAAAUAAGGGAGAACUUAACGUACUGGGGUCCCUAUCAGUAAAAGAUGCAGCUCUUGCCCAGAAAGACAGCUCCUCUGCUCGCUUACCCCCAAAGGAUAGACCUGUCACCGUGUUCUUUGAAAGAAAAGGAAGUCCAUGCCAAUCUAGUACUGUUAAGGAAUUAUCCAAGACAGACAGAAUGGGUGCCCAGCUGAAUGUAGCCUGUAAACUCUCUAAUAAUCGCAUUUCAAAAAGAGAACACUUUAGGCCAACUCAGUCUUAUAGCCACAAUUCUGAUGACCUUUCCAGAGAGGGAAAUACUAGGCCCAUUUUCUUCACUCCAAAGGACAAUAUGAAUAUUCCCCUUGUCAGCAAAGAAGCCUUAAACAGUAAAAAUCCUCAACUCCGUAAAGAAGAUGAACCAGCAUGGAAACCUGUGAAGUUAGCUGGGCCAGGCCAAAGAGAGGUUGCCAGACCGGCCCAUAAAAAGAAAGCUCGAAUGGCGCGGACGCGCUCCGAUUUCUUGACUAGAGGUACUUUUGCCGAUGGGGAGGGGGAUACAGAGGAAGAUGAUUACGAUGACAUUAUUGAGCCCCUUCUCUCCCUUGACCAAGCUUCUCAUUGUGAGCUAGGGCCUACACCCAGCCUGGAUCAGGCCUCUCACAGUGACUCCGAAAUGGUAAUUUUACAGCAAUAUAAGAAAAAUAAUAUUCUAAUUUCCAUUUUUACCUUUAUUUCUUUAAACAGACCUCAGAGAGCUAAGAUGAGAUUCUGGGCCAAAGGGAAACAAGGGGAGAAGAAGACGACUAGAGUGAAGCCUACUACCCAGUCAGAGGUUUCGCCAGUCUUCACAGGCGCAGAUGUGAUUCCAGCUCAUCAGUUUCCAGAUGAAUUAGCUCAAUAUCACCCAACACCUCCUUUGAGCCCAGAACUGUCUGGCAGUUGCCGGAAGGAGUUCAAAGAGAACAAAGAACCUUCUCCAAAGGCUAAGCGCAAGCGAAGUGUGAAGAUUAGCAACGUGGCUUUGGAUUCUAUGCAUUGGCAAAAUGACUCUGUCCAGAUCAUAGCAAGUGUCAGUGAUUUAAAAAGCAUGGAUGAAUUUCUUCUGAAAAAGAUGAAUGACCUAGAUAAUGAAGACAGCAAGAAGGAUACACUAGUGGAUGUUGUAUUUAAAAAAGCCCUGAAGGAAUUUCGGCAGAAUAUCUUCAGCUUUUAUUCAUCUGCAUUGGCGAUGGAUGAUGGGAAAAGCAUACGGUAUAAAGACCUCUAUGCACUAUUUGAACAGAUUCUGGAAAAGACAAUGAGGCUGGAGCAGCGGGAUUCACUGGGUGAAUCUCCAGUGAGAGUUUGGGUCAACACUUUUAAAGUGUUUUUAGAUGAAUAUAUGAAUGAAUUCAAGACUUCAGAUUACACGGCUACAAAGGUGCCAAAAACAGAAAGAAAGAAAAGAAGGAAAAAAGAAACGGAUUUGGUGGAAGAACACAAUGGUCACAUCUUUAAAGCCACCCAAUAUAGCAUCCCUACAUACUGUGAAUACUGUUCUUCUUUGAUAUGGAUAAUGGACCGAGCCUCUGUUUGCAAAUUAUGCAAGUAUGCUUGCCAUAAGAAAUGCUGUCUGAAAACCACAGCCAAGUGCUCUAAAAAGUAUGAUCCAGAGCUAUCAUCUCGACAAUUUGGAGUUGAACUGUCCCGUUUGACCAGCGAAGACCGAACUGUUCCUUUAGUGGUGGAAAAGCUCAUAAACUACAUUGAAAUGCAUGGACUGUAUACAGAAGGUAUUUAUCGAAAGUCUGGUUCGACUAAUAAAAUCAAGGAGCUUCGACAGGGUCUAGAUACAGAUGCUGAGAAUGUAAAUCUAGAUGACUAUAACAUACACGUCAUUGCAAGUGUAUUCAAACAAUGGCUUCGAGAUUUGCCCAAUCCUCUCAUGACCUUUGAACUCUAUGAGGAAUUUCUUCGAGCUAUGGGCCUUCAGGAGAGGAAGGAGACAAUCCGUGGUGUAUACUCUGUGAUUGAUCAACUCUCCCGAACUCAUCUCAAUACACUGGAACGCCUCAUCUUUCAUCUAGUCAGGAUUGCUCUACAGGAAGACACUAAUCGAAUGUCUGCUAAUGCUUUGGCCAUUGUGUUUGCGCCCUGCAUUCUCCGCUGCCCUGACACCACUGACCCACUACAAAGCGUACAGGACAUCAGUAAGACUACCACUUGUGUGGAGCUAAUCGUUGUGGAACAAAUGAAUAAAUACAAGGCUCGUCUCAAAGAUAUCAGUAGCUUGGAAUUUGCUGAGAAUAAGGCAAAGACCAGGUUGUCACUGAUUCGUAGAUCAAUGGGAAAGGGGCGUAUUCGUCGAGGAAACUAUCCAGGUCCAUCGUCUCCUGUUGUAGUUCGGUUGCCUUCUGUAUCUGAUGUCUCAGAGGAGACCUUGACUAGUGAGGCAGCCAUGGAGACUGACAUCACAGAACAGCAGCAAGCAGCUAUGCAGCAGGAGGAGAGAGUACUGACUGAGCAGAUUGAGAACCUACAGAAGGAGAAGGAGGAGCUGACAUUUGAGAUGCUUGUACUGGAACCCCGUGCCUCUGAUGAUGAAACUCUUGAGUCUGAGGCCUCCAUUGGGACUGCUGAUAGCUCAGAAAAUUUGAAUAUGGAGUCUGAAUGUGCUAUCUCUGAGAAAUCAGAGAGAAGCUUAGCCCUUAGCUCCCUGAAGACAGCUGGCAAGUCUGAACCUUCCAGCAAGUUGCGAAAGCAGCUUAAAAAGCAGCAAGACUCUUUAGAUGUAGUGGACUCUUCAGUCUCCUCUUUAUGUCUGUCUAACACGGCAUCGUCUCAUGGGACCAGAAAACUAUUUCAGAUUUAUUCCAAAUCUCCAUUCUACCGAGCUGCCUCAGCUAAUGAGGCCCUGGGAAUGGAAGGACCAUUGGGCCAGACCAAAUCCCUGGAAGACAGGCCUCAGUUCAUCAGCAGAGGAACCUUCAACCCAGAAAAGGGCAAACAAAAAUUAAAGAAUGUGAAAAACUCACCUCAGAAAACCAAAGAGACCCCAGAGGGAACAGUCAUGUCUGGCCGCAGAAAAACUGUGGACCCAGACUGCACCUCCAACCAACAGCUAGCACUCUUUGGAAAUAAUGAAUUUAUGGUCUGAACCAGCAGAUGUGUGUCCCUCCGUGGCUACAGAGUGGUAAACACAUCUCACCUUUGGGGCUGCGUUUCAUCACCUCGUCCACAAUAGUCCAUCCUAAUUGUGGUCCUGCCUCUUUUCUAAGCAUAUGGCUAAGACUGUAUGUGCUGAAUUCCUGGGCCUCCUGCAGAAGCAGAAAGCCUGCUGGGGAUGGUGCCAGCUGUGCCUUGGCUGCUGUAUUUGAAUUGAGAUUUUACUAAACAAAGCCACCUAGGGCCUGGGGAUUUGGGUCAGUUAUAGUUGCCUCUCCCCCACCCUCUUUUCCCUUCCCAAAGGUGGGUGUUGAACUAGGGGGGAUAUUGCUGACCUGAGGGACCCUCUCAUUUCUGACAUUUGAAGAAAACGUAUAAAUCUUUCUUAACUAUGAAAGCAAAAGCCUUUGGGUUUAUUUUGGGAUAGUUAGGAGCUGGGGUAGAAUAUAAUUUUUUUCCAAAAACUUAUAAACAAAAAGCCUAAUCCCUCUAUUUUAAGAUUUCUGAAAAAACACUCCAUGUUAUAUUCUGGGGAAAGCAAAAA